AUACAUACGACAAUUUAGUUUGACUAAAAAUUAGCCCAAUUGUCGACCAAUUCCACGACGCCCAAAUCAAAGCGAGUGAAUUGGUCUCUCUCCGCCGCGACGAAAGAUUCUGCUGCUUCUGCUUCCGCCGCCGAUCCGCCAUGGAUUCCUCCCCAUUCAACAAUCUACCCCAAGACACCCUCCACCAGAUCUUCUGCCACCUCCCCCUCCGCCAAAUCGCCGCCGCCAAGUGCGUCUGCAAAGCCCUCCGCGCCGCUCUCUCCUCCGCCUCCUUCCACCACCUCCUCCACACCCAAUCCCGCUCCCUCCCCCUCCUCGCCCUCAAGACCUCCCACCGCCACGUCUCCCCCCUCCUCACCCUCCACUCCUUCGACCCCGCCGCCAAUCACUGGCUCAAAUUCUCCCUCUCCUUCCUCCCCUUCGCCGCCCUCCACCCCAUCACCUCCUCCAACGGCCUCCUCUACCUCUGGGCCUCCUCCCCCCAAAAUCCCCAAAAAGCCCUCGUCGUAUGCAACCCCCUCACCGCCCGCUUCAAAACCCUCCCCCAGCUCGGCUCCGCCUGGUCCCGCCACGGCGCCGUCCUUGCCGGCUCCCUCAGCGCCGUCCUCGUCCUCACCGAGCUCGCCGUUCUCUACUACUCCGAAAAUGGAAACCCUAAUUUCACCCCCAAUUGGCUCAAAUUCUCCUCCAAUUUACCCUCCAAACCCCGCAGCCCUGUCUUGGUCUCCGAUUUCAUCCUAACCCUAUGCGACGUGGGGUCUCCGUGGAGGUCGCAGUGGGCGAUGUUCAAGGGAAGGAUUGUGGAUACGGACAAGGCAAUGCAGUGGGUGAGGCUGGAGAGGCGCGAGUGGGGGGACAUUUUCGACAUUUUGAAGCGGCCGCGGCUCGUCAAGGCCGGGAGCGAUCGCAAGGUCUACAUGGUGGGAGGGCUGAAGAGCUCCUACGCGCUGCAGAGCGCGUGCACGACCAUCUUGGUACUGAGGCUGGACUUGGACACCUUGGAGUGGGAGGAGGCGGGGCGAAUGCCGUUGGAGAUGUAUAGGUGUUUCGUGGAGAGUAGUAAGUUCAAGGUGUUUGGUGGGGGCAAUAGGGUGUGUUUCUCGGCUAAGAGGGUCGGGAGGUUGGCGCUCUGGGAGGAGUUUGGGGAUGGCAAAAACGCCUGGCGUUGGGUGGAUGGCGUGCCUGGGAGCGGAGAUGUCCUCUCCCGUGGAUUCGUGUUUGAGGCCAGGCUUGAUGCUGUUUUGUAGGUCAGAAAGAUUUUCACUUUCUUUCUAAUCUUGCUAUGCUAUACAUGAUUAUGAUGAUUUGGAAUAUUGAAUGUCUUGAAUACAAUGUGUUGUAGUAUUACCAAUGUUAUUGUUUAUGAUCAUGUUUAUUUUAUUUAUGGGAUAUGCUAGGGGCUUGAA